CUAAUGAAGUAUAAUAUGUUGAGUUGUGAGUUUGAUUGGUGAAGUUCGAUAUUCGAAUUUUGGACUUGACAUUUUGCAUUAGUGUUUUUGUGAAAACAAAUACUGUUCUCAUAAAAUGAUGGACGAAAUAAUAGACAAACCCUCUAGGGUCUAUCAGUUUAAGAAACUACCGUAUGGUAUUCGCACAGGCAACAGUUUGAAAUUAAAGAGAUUCAAAUAUUUUCAUAAGAGACAUCAGGAGCGUGUCUUUAAGUGGGUCUUCUACGAUAAAUAUACAAAGAAGGAAGCGGAGAAUAUUUUAAACGAUUGCGAUAAGGUUCUUGCGGAUGGACUGCAUUCUUUUGCUCAGAAGAAAGUUGCGCGUUAUGGUCCCAUUUCGUCGCCGUUGGCUUACUCGCUUAACAAAAGAAAGCGAUGGAAUUUACCUUAUCAUAUCCAAAAUAUCGCUAAGAAAGAUUCUCUAAGCGAAGAAACUUAUAAAGUUUGCUAUCUUGAGAGAUUUUCAAAUGUAGCAACUCUUCCAGGAUAUUACGGUUGUGGAUGCACACUCGACCAGAUUGCGUCGGUAAGAACUUUUUACAAUGAGAAUGGUGAAAUAAAAAGACCUGGGAAGAAGUAUGGAUUCGAACUUGACAUGAUAAAUGGUAGUAACAAUCGCCCUAAACUUCAAGACUUCGUAUUAAGGCAAAUUGAUAAUGAAGAAAGCUAUUUCCAAGUUAUUUACGACAUUUGUAAAAUACGUCCUAUGGAUUCUCUAGCGAAAGGAAAUUUCGGAUUCUAUCCAAUGGCAUAUUAUGAUAAAAAGAUGAAUGCUCAAAAGCAUAAAACGCCUGCAGGAAAAAGAUUCGAUAAAUGUUUAGAUUCUAAUUAUUACUUGAGGCGCUAUAUUGACGAGGGAAUUAUACACUUCAAUAGUCUGAGCAACAAGAUGGAAACGGAGGAGGAGGAAGAAACAAACACAAUUCAUCAUUCUUCUAACAUAGUCCUAGGAGAUUUUAUAACGAAGAAAAAUAUACGAAAGCGUAAGCAAAAACUAUCAAAGAAGAGAAGUUAUGUUAAUUUUAAAGAGGAAUCAAAGUCCAAAAUCAUUUAUUUAGAUCAAAAUAACAUAAAUACUAACAGCAUUAGCUCGAUAAGCGAUUUUGAUAUAAAAGAGCAUACGGAAGAGAUCGAAGAAAGUACAAAAUUGAUAAACACAGAGGCUAUUUUCGAAUUUUAUUUGCCUCUGAAAUCCUAUAAAUCGUUUCUAUUGGUUUGCUCCCAAAAUAAUAUUCCUGUUCUAGAUGCAGAAAGCUCUCCUCCUUACUUUUUAUUGGACUUUUCCAAAAUAGUUGAAAAUAUCUGCGCUUCAACAAGGCAUUAUACGAACAAGAUCAAGCUAAUCAGAGCUUUAGGUUUGAUGACACCCUAUAGCGAAAACGAUAAAGCUGUUAUAAGUAUGACGUUUUAUUCGAAUAUCGAAAGCAGUCGGGCGUUAAAAAGUCUAAAAACUGAUGCUAAAAAUGUAAACGAUAUGAUUAAGAUGAUUAAUCAUCAUGUUUCCGGUUGGUUGAAUUCAUCGAGGGAUUUUAUUCGAAUUAUCGAUUUAACGGGAAGCAAGAGAGAUGGAAAUAUAAGAGAUAAGCCACAUAAAACCAGAAUAAUAAGCGGUUGGAUUCUAAAUAACUUUGGAUUUAGUCAAACAUCUGCAGAAAAAUUUGACAUAUUCCUUUCCUAUUUAAAAUCCUAUUGGAAUAACAAAAAGCCUGAUAUUAGCAAUUUCUCGGGUGAAUUAGAAAAGAAGAAUGAUUGGCAGAUCACUUGCAAAAUUUGUAUGAUAGAAAAAGAUACCCAUUCUGGUUUGGCUAUGAAAUGCGGUCAUUGGUUCUGUUUUGCCUGUUGGAAAAAUUAUUUGUUAUAUAAUCGAUCCCGUAACUUAAAUUGCCCUACUUCAAAAUGCCAGCAACAAAUUGAACAUCCUAUUUGGUUAGCCGCAACGACUUUAAAAAUAUUCCAACACAUAGAAAGACUCACAGUUAGAAAGCUUAUAGAACAAGAGAAAGUAUGGAUCCAUUGUUCCAACUCAGCUUGUAAUUUGUUGACAAACGUCAAUAAUAGUAUUAAAAUUCCCAUAGUUGAAUGCUCUUGCUCUAAUCAAUGGUGCACAGAAUGUUUGGAUGUUUUUCAUUGGCCUGCAACGUGUAAUCAAAUAAGAUAUUUCAACGAGGUAAUAGAUGAUUCUGGUAUUGAAAAAGAUCGAUUUAUGAAUGAGUACUACAUUACUGAAAUUAGAAUAUGCCCACAUUGUAAAGAGAAGGUUGAAAGAGAAUCAAUUAUGUGUAAUGAAAUGCAGUGUAUAUGCGGUGGAAGAUUUUGUUGGAAUUGUCUUAAAAAGUUAUACGAAUGGGAAACUCACGAUUCUAACGAUUGUUCUAAUGAAAAUCGCGAAAUAUUCACCUUUAUAGAUGAUGGAUUUCUAAAAACUGAUAAAUUCGAAUUCCUUCAAACAGUUUAUAAAUCGUUUAACGAUUUUAAUACUUUAGACGUUUACCCCCAAUCUAGAUCAACUUUUAAUGGAUGGAAACGCACAAUAGAACGUCAGCUGCCAACUGGAAAGGCAAAUAUUCGUAAAGAAAUUGAGAAUGAAUUUUUAAGCAUUUUACAAGACUGUCAUUACUUAUGUCAUAUAAGUGAUUAUAUUGUAAUGAAUACUCUCGUAUUAAUUUACUUCUCUGGAAAUGAAAUCGCAUGGAAAAUGGUUUCUAUAGAAUUUCUUGAGAAACGACUCAUUCUCGAAAAACUUCUAUUACGUUCUAUUUUAGCAACAAAGAGAUUGAGAGAAAAAUUAAAUGGUACUAAUUUUUCAUUGCCCGAAAAUUGGAUAGCUCAAAUAACAUCUUUAAAGAAUCAACUCGAAAGGUCUUUAAUUAAUAUCAUCAACAAUAAAUCUAUUCCUUACAUUAGAUGUAUGGCAUCGAAAAUAACUUUAGAUCGUAAUAUAUGGUCUAUUCUACCUACAUAACUUGAUUUCACCCUCCUCUCUCCUUCACCACCUAUCCUCUAGUCCUCCUUCCUUCUUUCUUAUGCAUACAGUUUAUUAUUUAUUUUAUUGUUUCAUUGUUUACAGUUAUCUUUUUACAAGUAUAACAAAGAUACUGAAUACAUUAAUAAUAUUUGAUAUUAUGUUUAAACUUUUUUUUAUAUAUGUAAAUGAGCCACCUGUCAGCCAUGUUUUUUUUAUAACUAUUGUUUUUUUUAUAUAUACUAUGUAAUAGAAUACAGUUUCGGUUAUGAAAUUUUUACGUGUUUAUCACAUUUUGAU